CAAAGAGAGCAUAGGAGUUUCCUUCUGAGCAACAAUUUAUUUGUUUACAAGUUAAAUUCAUCCCGAAUGGAAGGAAUGUGUAGCUCUGUACACACUGCCUUGUCUGCCAGAAGAAUAUUACACCAGUGGAACUCCUUAUGCUGAUGUUGCUUCAAUUGUAACCUUUUUUUUUCCAAAGGUAUGUUGAAUUAUGCAAAUUACAUCCUAUUUUAAGCAACUCAGUCGGGAUGAGCAAUUCGGCAGCUGGGAUGCAGAUAUACUGCAUUUCCCCUUGAAACACAAACGGACUGUUUUGGGCAAAUAUCACAUGAUGUGACCAAUAACAUGAAUGUAAGAUAAGAUAAGAUAUCCUUUAUUCGUCCCAUACUGGGGAAAUUUACUUCCCUAAAUUAAAAAAAAAAGUAUUAACGUACAAAAAAAUUGUCUAAUUCUGAUCAUAUGCACAACAGGGAUGCACAAAUUCAAGUGAGACAUUCAACCAUGACUAUUUUAUGAAACUGGGAAAAGUAGAAGAGGUGACAAAACCUUGGCUCGAUCCAUUCUUUGGGAAAAUGAUUUGAUGACGUCAAGUCCAGCGUGUCACGUGAUUUCCCGUUUUUCCUUGUGCGCAUGUCUUGUGGGACACACGAUCCGAAUUGAGAACUAUUAUUUACAAAAUCCUGUUAAGGGAAAACAUGUUACUACUGUUACAAGAGGCAGCAAUAUAAAAUGUACAUGUAAAUAUUUUUUUCUCUGCUUCUUUUGUUAGAAUGAUUGGGUGACUAUGUGGUUGUUUUGUAUAAUAAAGUGUUUUGGCUUAUCAGACUUUCCGUAGCCCGACUUCGAUUUCCGCAUCAUAUUUGGCGCGCGUUUCCGUACUUCCGUUUGGCUCAUUUGAACCUCCCUCAACAAAGCGCGUGUCACGUUCGCGUUUGAAGUCAUGGCUCACCACUUUCAAACUUCAACACUUUGUUUGACUCUGCCGAUAUCGUGUCAGAUAUGCCUCGGAAAGGUCAGACAGCCGGUCAUCUGUGGCAACCAUCACGUCUUCUGUUCGUCCUGCAUGGAGAUGUGGUUAAAAAAAGCAAGCCAGUGCCCCUCAUGCAGAGUCCCCAUUACGACCGAGAACCCCUGCAGAGAAAUUAUCGGAGGUACAAAUGAGAGUGAGCACACCGAGAGCCCCUCUGUGAGAAAAUGUCUCAGGAAAACUCGGGGGGAGCUGCUCCUGCGAGAGUAUGAGGAAGAAAUUGAAGGUCUCAUCAGAGAGAAUGAAGCGCUGAAAACCAAAAAUCAAAGUCUGGAGUCGCAGCUGAGGACCACUUUGGAUCCCUGCGCGAUUAACCCCGCGCAAGCAGAGGACAAAGCAGUGGAGCCGAGAUUCAUGGAGGAAUUGGCAAAGAGGCUGCCAACAGCCCAAAAUGUUUGCGUUGAAGUCAAAGAGGUCAUGAACAAACUGAAGGAGGCGAAUAAAGCGCUGCGAUCUCAAAAUGUUGACCUGGUCCAAGAAAACAUGAGACUGAAAGCUGAGGUGGUCAGUCGAUCGCCACAGAAGUUUGGCCGUUACACCGUUGCUGCCUUGGAAGCGAAAAUCCAGCAGUACCAGAGAGACGUCGAGCACCUGAAGAGGGCUCUGGAGCGCAGCGACCAGUACAUCGACGACUUGGAAAAUCGUCUCCGGAUGUCUGAAAAGAGAUGCGGCGAGUUGCAGGAGGCGUCCAAAAAGAGCUCGCCGGCUUUUGAAUCCCUCAGCCAGCAGCAGAGGAUCCACAUGAUGAUGAGGAGCUUGAGCGACGACGAGAGGGGCUCCAUCUGCAGCAAUCCCGAGGCGGACGCGCCGACGCUUUCCAAGGCUCGCAGUUUGAUGUUCUUUGCGUGCGCGGAUCACCAGGACUCUCCCGCCGCCGAUCCCCGCGGACUCCCCAAAAAGGGCGAGGACUUGGACGGCGCCUCCUCGGACUUGUUGCCCUCCACCCCUUCGUCGGCCUUCCGCUCGCUGACGCUGAGGAGCCCCGGCGUGCGCGACAAGAAAGUCGCCUUUAAGCCUGUCAAUCAUCUCAGGAGGAUCGAUUUCGACGACCUUCCCGGUCCGGCUGAGACGGCCGCGGAACACCGGUUUGGGGUCACUUUGCCUCGGAGCGCCGAUGACUCCAGGUCGCCCAAGCCUGUUUUUUGGGGGUCUUGGAAGUUCCCGAAAUCCCAUGACCAAUGGUCUCCCGGUCCAAGUAAACGGGUCUUGCCCACCGAUUCCUCGGCGGACGGUUUGGUUGCCGACGAGCCGGACAGUUUCCAAAAGUCCAGCGAGGCCUCCAUGGACGCGGCUUACCUCAACAAAAUCUCCGAGUUGGACUCCAUGAUGCUGGAUGUGGAGAGCUCCAGUAGCCGAGGUUCUCAGCUCUCCCCGCCGUCCUCCCUUCCCGCCGACCUCGACCGCACUCUGGUCCCCGAUCCGCCGGGGUGCUCGGGCGUCGUAGCGCAACGCGGCACGGCGGAUAACGACGAGGCUCCGGGAGGCCUCGGAUGUCCUCCGUCGCCGGCGUCGGAUGUGGACGAGAGCGGCGUGGAUCACGGAGGGACGUCCCAGGCCGAAGAGCUCUCUUUUGAUUUGCUCUUCGAUGCCGCGGAAGAGACUCGGGCCGGUCCGCGCCGCCCCGUCAGUCCGGCGGGCCCGCGGCCGGAUGCCCGCGCCUCCUCCUCCUCCUCCCCCCCCGGCGGGAAACCUGCAUCGAGAGAGCGACACGCACUCAACGCUGGCCAGCCGACCAAACGAAAGUCCCACAGCCCCUUUAACGCCAGCAGUCCCACCAAACUUUCAAAGCUCAUGUGAACUUUUCAAACACUUCCCCUGCGUCCUCUGGACCGGAACAUGUUGUGGUCGCACACAAGAUUUUGCCCAUCAAAAGUUGGCCGUCUGUGAAAAACAGGGUCGUCUUAGUGCUUUUUUUUUUUGUGUGCGUGUGUGAUAGAAGGCGGUCAAUAGAGUCAUUCUGGUCUAGCGUUGAAAAUGUCAGACAAAUAUUUUACUUAGCACUGCCUGUCUACUGUUGUCAUAAUGUUUCCUCUCUGACCUUUUUGUCCUAGAAGAUGUUAGAUUACUGGGAAGAGAAAGUAUACAAUGUACCAUAUGCCCCCCCCCCCCACCCAAAAAGCCAUUUUCAUCACCUGAGCGAGGCGGAAAUGCUACAUUGCGUUCAGUAAAUUUAGCGACUAACAUGACGACUUCUGUGACGCUUCCUCUUUAUUA